CUUGAGCAUGCGGGGAAAGCUCAGCGUGGGGGAACCCUGAAUUGGGUGGCCCAAGCUUCUCAACAUGGGUCGAAGACAUCUCGGAUCGUUUGGCACACCUCUCUCUUGAAGCAUCGGAAAAAUGAGAGGCUUGUGUUUUAAAUGAGCAGAUCCCAGGAUUUUGGAUGAGCCCUCGCCAAGCAUCGGAACCAGAUGAGUUGUCCUUCACUCGAAAAGUAAGCAAAGGCCUGGCCAUGACGGGCCCUUGCAUCCCCGCAGGAACUCAUCUAUUCGGACAAGUUGAGGUUGCGCUACGAUUAGGCUAAAGAGGGUCGUGGUUCUGCCUCCAUGGGCCAUAUCAGCCUUUCUCACCAUCUCGUUUCCUGCUCAAUGCUUGUCCCCAGCCAACCGCCCAAUCUUGUCCCUCCGUCCCGUUCCGCUUCAUAUUCCACCGCACCCCGCAUGAACGACCAUUUCAUCUAUCUCAUAGAUCACCUCGCUUUAUCCUUCCAAUCAACGACUUAUGAUCAUCGCUGGCUGCUGGGAACCAAGUGUUUUCCAGGUCCUUCCUUGCAUCACCAAGUCCCUGUUUGGUUGAUUAAGGUGGCAUCAGACCACCAGAAUGGGCGUUUCUUCACCACGAGCUUCCGGAGCACCACGCCAGCAACGGACCAACCGGAAUCGACCGAAGAGUGAUGACCACUUGGUAUGAAAGUGACCCCUGGAUACGGUGCGUGUCUUCUGGAGCGUAGUGACGGCCCGGAUCACCAGGCUCAACCACGCGGCGCUUAUAUUGCCAAUACACAUUACAUGUGCGGAAUUAUUGGAUGACGCUCUAGGGUUCAAGGAAUGUAGCUCCCGGAUGAACGCCCUUGGUAGGGGCCUUCUUAUAAAAGUGUCCUCCCCGGAUACCAUGCUGGUAGACCAUCCCCUGCUUCGUUUCGUCUUUUUGUCUUGUGCCACCAUCAGUCAAAAUGCUCUUCUCUGAAGUUGCUGCUCGCGCUGCUGCGUUCUUAGGUCUCACGGCCCCGGUUCCUAGACAGUUCGCCUUUGAGCCCGACUCGGUUGCCUAUGAGGAUCCGGACACCGGCUUGAAAUUCUCUUCUUACACCAGUGCUCGCGGCAUCUCCUGGCGUGUGGCUAUCCCAGAGGACAUCCCGGAGGGUGACAAGAUCUUCGACACUGUAUUGCAGGUUGAGGCGCCCAUCGAUGUUGGCUGGGCUGGGUUCGCCUGGGGUGGCCACAUGACCUAUAAUCCCUUAACUAUCGUUUGGCCCAACGGCAACAACGUCGUUCUUUCGUCCAGGAUCGCCUAUGGUUACUACAGCCCUCCCGAGUAUCCCAACGCCGAAUACAGAAUCGUCAAGACCGGCACCCAUGUCAACGCCACUCACUUUCAAAUCACGGCUGUUUGCACGGGCUGUUCGAGAUGGGGAGAUGAAGACAUUGGCUUCACUGAGUUAGAUCCCGAGUAUGACAGCACACUCGCUUUCGCCUAUGGUGACUACCCCGUCGACACGCCGGAGGACCCUUCAUCCACCUUUGGUAUUCACGACAGCUUGGGCCACCCCGUGUUUUCUCUCGGUACCCAGGCCAAGAAUGCUGACUUUGCGUCCAAGAUUGAGCAACUUUAGGUGUAUGUAUACCUAGAGGAUUGGGGAGGGUGGAUAGGAUGGACUUCUGCUUUAGAUGUGAAACAGACGUUGUUAAAGAACCUGCUGUAUGUACAAAGAAUAUAUAUGGGCUGACUAUCCCUUUCUUUU